GAGAGAGAGAGAGGGACAGAGAGAGAGAGAGCAGAGGGGAGAGGAAGAGGCAGAGGCAGAGUGAGGGGGGGGGGGGGCUGAACUGAGUUGGACAGCACUUUGCUGAGCUGUGCGGAGAGAAGUCCAUCUGAAGCGCUGCUCCGCCAGCCUUGAGCGCUUGAUUGCUGAUUGUGUUUUAUGUCCGGCGUCUCCUCGCUCCACUCGCCGCCUCACUGCUGCUGCUGCUGCUGCUGCUGCUCAGGUCCGUCUGCAGCUGGACAGGCUGGGCUGAGCGUUUUCUGGAGAGAGAGAGAGGGAAAGAGAGAGAGAGAGAGAGAGAGAGAGAGAGAGAGAGAGGGCGAGCGACUCGGAUCUUGUCCAGACCCGUGGACUUGUAACAAGCGCUGCAGUGUCUCGCUGCCAGCAGUUUAGACAGUUGUUGAAAGUGCGCACCGCGAGGGGACCAGGAAGCUAGGCAAAGCUAGCCAACCUACUGGGAGGUGUGUGUGUGUGUGUGUGUGUGUGUGUGUGUGUGUGCGUGCGUGUGUGUGCGCAGUUGAUGCGAGUGGCUACUGCCUCCAAGGAGCAUUCGAGUGUGUCGCACCUGGCUUAGUUUGUGUUGCGCUGUGUGUCUGUGUGUGUGGUUGUGUAUGUUUGUGCGUCAGAGCUUUGAAUAGCCUGGGAGUGUGAGCUUUUUUUAUUCUAUUUUAUUUUUUGUUGUCGCUUUUUAUUAUUGUUAUUAUUAUUAUUAUUAUUAUUAUUAUUAUUAUUAGAGUGUGAGGGAGUGUGUAUGCUCGCUCUGUCUCUCCACUCACCACGUGUGUGUGUGUGGUGUGUGUGUGUGUGUGUGAGAGAGAGAGAGAGUCGCUGGAAAAGGGCUGCGCUGUGAGGCGGGAUUCCCCCCUCCUCCACCCCACCUCUGUCUGUCUGCCCUGCCCAGACGCUCCCCAGACAGGGCCAGCCGGCACGAGGCGAGCGUGCACCGCGACUAGUGGACUCCAGCGACGUAAACGCCUCCCACCUUGGCGUCACUCACACCUGCUCUCCACCCCGGGAGGGGACUUUUCUCGUCUACGGGCGGCGGCGAGGGCGGCGGAGGAGAACCACAGAGGCGUGUGACAACGAAGGACGCAGUUACGGGAUCCAGGGAUCGCAGAAGUUACCGGAAAAAAAAAAAGUCAUCGCGACACCACAAGCGAGGAGCCGGCGAGGAGAGACGAGAGGAGCGAAAGGUGAAAAAAAAAGGUGAAAUAGAAAAAGGGGGGAGAGAAAAAAAAGCAGCAGGACACCCAACAUGGAAGCUCUUUGGCUAGCACUGGCCAUGGCCUUGUGCCUUGUGGGCAGCGCCAGCGCCCUCUCCACCUGCCGGACGCUUGACCUCGAGAUGGUGAAGCAGAAGCGGAUCGAGGCCAUCCGGGGCCAGAUCCUCAGCAAGCUGCGCAUGGACAAGGAGCCCAAGGCCGAGCAGGAGGCGGAGACGGAGAGCGAGGACAUCCCGCUCUCGCUCCUCUCCAUCUACAACAGCACGGUGGAGCAGAACGCCGAGCGCCACGCCAUGGCGCCGCCCCUCACGCCGCAGCUGGAGGACGAGGACUACUUCGCCAAGGAGGUGCACAAGUUCACCAUCACCAACAAAACCUUAUCCACCACUGAGGUGAAAAUGGUGUUCAACAUGAGCGCCAUGCGCGAGAGCAUCAUCAACCCGGCCCUGUUGACCAGCGCGGAGCUCAGGCUGUUCAUCAAGGGCAUCACCAUAGCGCAGGGCGAGCAGCGGCUGGAGCUGUACCGGGGCCUGGGCCCCGACCAGCGCUACCUGGGCUCCCGCUUCAUCAACAAGACCAUGCAGAGGACCUGGGUCACCUUCGACGUGGGGGACACCGUCCGGGAGUGGCUGAAAGGCAGCGAGGUCGAGCAAGCAUUGCAUCUGAAACUGCACUGUGACUGUGGGGAGAAAGCUGGGGCCAAGCUGGACUUUAAAAUCACAGGCUUGGAAGAUCAACGAGGUGAUAAAGGCUCGCUGGCAAAUGAAAAUAAGAUCAACUGGCCAACCAUCUUGACCAUGUCCCUGCCACCAGACGGCACGUCUCCCACCAAACGGCGAAAGCGAGCCACGUCCACCGAGGAGUUCUGCUCCGAUACGAGCGACAGCUGCUGUGUGCGCAAGCUCUACAUCGACUUCCGCAACGACCUGGGCUGGAAGUGGAUCCACAAGCCCAAGGGCUACUUUGCCAACUACUGCGUGGGCUCCUGCACCUACAUCUGGAGCACAGAGGACAAACACUCUCAGAUUCUAGCUCUGUAUAAGCAUCACAAUCCCGGAGCAUCGGCCCAGCCCUGUUGCGUCCCUCACGUCUUGGAGCCACUGCCCAUCAUCUACUACGUUGGCCGGCAACACAAGGUAGAACAGCUGUCCAACAUGAGUGUCAGGAGUUGCAAGUGCAGCUAAGCAGCUGGACUGAGAGGUCCCUCCCCCAAGUUCUGUUUGAUGGACUUACCUGCCACUGCUAUACAUACACACACA